AUGAUUACUAUUCUUGUGGUUCUGAAAAUAAUAUGUGGAUUGGUUUCAACAAAUAAUGAGGCAAGUUGUCCCGAGUCAACAUUUUCAGCUGUGUAUGUGCAAUCAUGUCCCCGAACAGUCGAUGAAUGGAGAGAAGCAGGCAAUAGAAAAAACUGUAAACAAAUUGCACAUAGUUGCACAUCUUUCGAAUACCACUGUGUAAUAAAUGCAUGGCAAAAUGGAACUCUUGAAGUAUGUGCACCAAGCCAACAGAUUAUUGGAAAGGUUUGUGCUGAAUUUAACUUUGGAGGAAAUAGAAUACAGCGGAAUGAUAACACACAAUGUCAAAAAUGUCCAGAAGUCUACAAUUCUAGUGAUGCUUUUAGAUAUCCUGAAUGUUAUGAUAAUGUGAAGCGUACGGAAAAGAUAAAUAAAUCACAAAGUACUAAACAGUCACUAGACGUUAGCAGUGAUUCCUACACUACACGAUACGUAUCGAUGUCGUCACAGGAAAACGUGUCAUUUCAUGUAGAAACAAAGCUAAGUGUGGUGAUUGGACUGAGCGUUACGGCGUUAUUCGUUUUGGUUUUCCUGAUUAUCCUCCUUGCUUUUCUCUGUAUAAGUCGAUGUCGACGACAAACCGAAGAAAACCAACAAACGCAAGGUAUAUUCCUCAUUCCUCACUGUAUUUCUUCACGUUUCAACAGCACGACAGGAAAAGGUUGCACAAGAGUCGUCCAAAGCAGCAAGUCUGAUGAGGAAAGUAACAUGAUUUCUGAAGCACAAGAAGAAAAAUCCCUCUAAACCAUGCACUAUUGUAUAGAAACAUAUAUGUGGAAAACGUAUAUAGGUGUAUUUUUUAUAGUAUCAAUAAGG